AUGAACAAUACUCAUCUAACACGAGCAGUUGUUAAACACAAUACACUUGAAGAAAUAAGUCAUUAUAUUUAUGCUGUUAUUUAUCCUAUCAUUUUUAUACUUGGUAUCAUUGGUAAUUUACUUUCAUCAUUACUUUUCUCUAUAACUACACUUAAUCGUACAUCAUGUGGUGUCUAUUUUCUUUUACUUGCUGUAUACGGUUCAAUUGCAUUACUUGGUGGUCUUCAUCAUUGUUUAACGAUUGGUUAUCAUGUUCCAGUACCUACUGCUACCUACUGUCGUGCUCGUAAUUUUCUUUUAUAUAUGUCUAUGGAUAUGACUUCAUGGAUGAUAGUAGCUAUAUCAGUUGAUCGUUAUCUUAAAGUAAAAUUUCCAAUUAAAGCACGAAUAUAUGCUACACAAAAAUUAGCAAUUAUUAUUUCAUGUAUAAUAACAUUUGUUUUUAUUAUAAAAAAUUUUCAUUUAGCAACAGUUUUUAUCGGAGAUUUUACAGAUGAUGCUGCUGAUAAUUGUGAUCCAAAUCCAGAUUAUCCUAAAUAUGCAGCAUUUUUUAAAAAUAUUUGGCCAUGGAUUGAUCUAACAACAUAUGCUUUAUUACCCUUGCUUAUAGUUACAUUGUGUAAUGGAUUUAUAAUUUAUGAUCAAUAUAAACGACGUGUAAAACUUCGUAAACGUAAUCUUGAUCGUUCAUUAAUAACAUUACUUUUAGUUAGUUCUAUUUCUUUCAUUGUUUGUAAUCUUCCAAUAACAAUUUUAGCUGCGAUUUAUCCAUAUAUUUCAUUGUCAUAUGACACAAAUGUAAAAUAUGAUGGAGUUGCAUUUGCAUAUGAUCUUUUACGAAUACCAUCUUAUGCAUCAUUUGCAUUAAAUUUUUAUUUAUACUAUUAUACAUCAAGUAUAUUUCGACAACAAGCAAUUCUUUUAUUUAAACGUAUAUGCCGAAUUAAAUCCAAUACAAAUGAUAUUGAAUUAUUAGAAAGAACAAAUGCAAAUGAAAAUCGUUAUGAACAGAGACUUUAUUCUAUUGAAGAACCUGAUGACUAUCAACAAACAUCAGUACCAUCAUUGACAAACAGUAGUUUUAUUUCGAAUUUUUAUCGUCAAGAAUAA